UCCUCGGGCGCGCCGUCAGUUUUAGCGUUUUCAAACAAACCCAAAACACCAACGGUCGGACGCCGAUUUCGCGAUUCCCGGUUUAGUUUGUGAAUUUCCAAGUUUUCUCGUUCUCCUCUAUUUAAAAAUGCCAGCCGAAUCGGCGAGUUUGGCCAACGUGUACGCCUUUCUACGUGACACAUACGAUUCGGUGGAUUUCCAGCUGGCUCCGGCUCCAACCUACAUCCAAUCGUUGGCCGAUGUCGAAGGAAAGAUUGUGUUCAUCUACAAGCAGGAUGAAAUCCGGAGCGGAGCAAUGCUUUCGGACGGGAACUAUCUGAGCCCCAAGUUGAGCGAUAGCGGGGAUACGGGAAACAGGCUGGACCUUACCGGAUCGCCGCUGAAGGACGAGGUGAAGUUGGAGAGCUUGGACAUGUCCGUCGAUCAGGUCGUGGUUCUGAGUUUGGAGAAUCCCUGGCUCGAGAAGGAGGAAUGUUUCGGGCCGGUUUCGGUCGAGAAGGGAAGGGGAAUUCUGCAGGAAGUGCUGGGGAAGCGGAUGGAAGGUUGUGGCCAACUGUGGGCGCUCUGCGAUGGAAAGGACAUGGACCGGACGCUGUUGAUGCAGAUCGAGUUGAAUGGCGAGCGGAAGUUUGUCCGGGGUGCGGUAAAGCUGCUGGGGUAUUUCCCCGAGAGCCAACUGACCAUGGUCCGGCUGCAGAGGCUGCACGAAGCGAAGGCUGCCGGCUUCUCGAAGGAACUGGAAACCAGCAUAGAGUUAUGGUACAAAAUUCAGUCCCACAUUAGCAUCAAACUUCGCUGGAUAAGCCACUCGCAAAAUCCUUCGUUUUGCAUCAACCAGAAGGCGGACAUUGUCCUCCGGCAGUCGAUUCUGGUGGACGAAACCCAAUCCGUGGCGGAGUACUUCUGGAGCCAGCUGCACUUCCUGGAAACGAUCAAGGACCGGAUUCUGCAGAUUAGAAGCGAAGGGAGGCCCAAUCCGGACGAUGAUAGCUAUGUCGGGUCGUUGGAUGUCAGCGUGAUUAAGGAGAAGACGCACAAGAUUCUGACCGAGUUUUGCGUUGUGGAGUCGACGGAUUACAAACUGGGACAGAUUGACUCGAUUGUGGAACGGGUGAAGAAUCGAACUGCGGUGGACGUUACGGAUCGAUUGUGGAGUGUGCUAAAAUAUUGCGCAUGUUACGAUGAUUUGAAGGAUGUUCUGACGUUCAUUUUCAAAAUCGCAUCUAGGAGUAAUCUGGCAAACAUCCCAAGUAACAACAACCGACUAGCUCAGCUCAUCAAAUCCAUCGCCCAAGGUCGACUGGCCAUUCCAAUUCUGACAGGAUCGGAACCGUUCGAGCUACUGCUGGAAAUCGGUCUGGAAAAGAUCUUCAAGGACUACCAGAUCAUCUUCCACGAGAGCAAAAUUUGCAACCUGGACCUCGAUAGGGUCGGUCGUAACUCGGCUGGGUCCGGUUCGAGAGACGCCUCCCGUGCAUCCAGCAUUCGCAAGUCGAUGUACGAUGCCGUUCCGUCCAAUACCACCCAGAGUCGAAAAACGGCCAUGCUUUCCCGCGCGGGAACCAGUGAGGAUCACGAAGACGAUGGCGUUAUUCGAAAUAGUUACUUCAACGCUGACGAAGCCAACAUGAAGAUCGGAAAGCUGGCCCAGGUCCAUCUGCUGCUGGAGCAUCUCCUGUCCAUCGAGACGCACCUGAAGCUGACCAGCAUCUAUCCGCAGGUGGCCGAGGAGUAUUUCUCGCGACCAACGGUAAGUUUUGAAGAGAUGCGAUCGAAAAAGACGGACAAGCUGGAGAUUCCGAUUCUGAACAAUUCGAUUAUUGAGUUGGUGGAGAAUUCCAGUCCCUACAUCCGGAAAGUGGGAAUGACCAGCCGGAGUAAGUUCCGGACGGUGGAGAGCAUUUUCUACCAGAGCUCGGAACCAAUUUUGCCCACCAAUUUGUUUCCUCAGCUGAAGGCUGAAGGUGGGGAAGUGAAAAAUGCUUAUUGGUGCCUGGAGUAUACCAAGAUUAGUAAUAAUUGGAGCAUGUGAAUAUUUCGUAGAUAUUUUAAAUGUAAGAGUGUGUAUAUUUUAUAAAAA